CAGAUCUUUCUCCUUCAUCUACCUGGGGCUUCUGGGAGCACUGGGAAGCCCACGUGGCCUUAUCACCGAGGACUUGGGAGACCCUCUGGACCGUGCAGCCCUGGACCGUGCAGCCCUGGACCGUGCAGCCCUGGACCAUGCAGCCUUGGGCUGCGCAGCUGAGGUGUAGUCUGCUGAUUCUCUCGCUCCAGGGCAUUGAGGCCACCACUGCAGACUGCGACAUUCUGCGCGCCCCUGUCCCAUUACGCUACCUUCCCCGCCAGGUAUCUGCCAUGCCACUGACAAUGCUGCGUGACUGGUGCAGGUGGAUGGGCGUGAACGAGCACCGUUCCCUGCUCAUCCUGGGCAUCCCUGACGACUGUGGGGACGAGGAAUUCCAGAAGGCCGUGCGCACUGCCCUGUGGCCCCUGGGCACGAGAACCUUUUCUGGGAUGGAAGAGCCAGACCAAGAGGAAGAGUCCUUUGAGAGCUGGGUGGACCAUGCCAACGACAUGCUGUACACAUGGCGCCACGUGUCAGAAAGGGAGAGGAAAAGGCGGCUGGUGGAAAGCUUGGGUGGCCCCGCGCUGGAUCUCAUGUGCAGCCUCCUGGCAGAAAAUCCCGACAUGCCUGCGCAGGAUUGCCUGGCCGCGCUGGUCCAGGUGUUUGGGAACAAGGACACCUGCAUGACUGCACGGCUCAAGUUCCUGACUUGUGCCCAGCGGCCCCAGGAGACUCUCUUUGCCUAUGUGAUGCGCCUGGAAGGCCUGCUGCAGUCAGCCGUGGAGAAGGGGGCCUUCCAUCCUGUCAUCGCAGACCAGGUUCGCGCCAGGCAGGUGCUGAUGCGGGCCCGCCCGAACGAGAUGCUCCAGAGCAAGCUGAGGAGGAUGCGGCUGGAGAGGAGACCACCUGGCUUCAUGGGGAUGCUGCGGCUCAUUCGGGAGACCGAGGCAUGGGAGGCCGCCUCAGGUAGGGGUGAGCAAUUCCAAGCGGAAGAAGGAGCCUGUGUGGACAUGGGAGGGUUGCCGGCUGCCCAGGCUGCCCUCGCCAGUGAAGAGGUUGCUGAAGCCUCUCCAGCCAAUGAAGAUGCUUUCCAGGCUGCCCUGGCCCUUGAAGUCAUCACCGAGGGCACCCCUGCCGGUGCAGAGGAAACCAAGGCCUCCCCAGCCGACGAAGAUACUGCCAAGCCUGCCCCAGUGAAUGUGGAGGCCAGUGAGGCAGUUCCUGGCACUGCCGAAGCUGGUAGGGCUGCUCCUGAACCCCAUGAUGCUGCCACGGCUGCCCCUGCCCCUCAGGAGAUCUCCAAGUCCUUCCCUGCCACUCAGGAAGAUGAAAAUGCUCCCUCCUCUGUGGGCCUAGGUCAGGCAAGACCCUCCGAGGCCCCUGGGGGCCCCACUCCUGCCCAGAUGGGCAGUGCUUCCAGGUCCCAGGACGCUGGACAACGCAGCAUGGGACCCUCGGCCGAGCCAAGGAAGCGGAGUCGCAAGGAACAACAGGGUGGCACAUCAGAGCACGGUUCCCGUGGAGACUCCCGCUGGCCCCCUCCAUCCCUGGUCCGGUUCUUCCUUCCUGAGGUCACGGGGUGA